AUGAGGCCCAGGUGAUAAUAUUAGAUACUGAAGGAGCUUUAUGCUUUGGCUAGCUACUUCUUUUGAAGGGAAGGCAGAGCAGCCGGCUCUUUAUAUAACACCGCAUCACUUCAUCUGCCCAACUUGGUGUCCUCUGGAGGCUCAGCUAGCUAGAGCGCAUCCGUGGAGUUCCUUGUGCUCAGCAAUUCGCCGUUCAAGUUCUUUUUUUUUAGAACAGCCGUUCAAGUUCCUGACUGCACAGCUGCAGAUUUGAAGGCCAUCAUCCUCAGUCGCCGUAAAGAGCGCAUCCCGGAUAUGAGGUGAUCAAUUCAAGCAAUACCAUUACUGUGGAGGAUCAAGCCAGGCAUGCUAUAAUGGAGCUCUACCCUGGCUAUCUCGAAGACCAUUUCAACAUCCACAAGCUCAGCGGCGCCGGCACGUCCCCGCCGGAGUACAUGACCUCGGCGUCGGCGCAGUUCGCGCCGGCGCCCCUCAGGAUGGGCAUGUACGAGCGUCCCCCGCCGCAGCAGCCGAUGCCGCCGUCGCCGCAGCCGGUGGUCGGCAUGUGGAACAACAGCGUCGACACCUACAAGGUCGACAGCGGCCAGGCCACCAGCGGGUCCACCAUCAUGGAGGCCGACACCAAGUUCGACGACGCCGAGCUUGAAGAGGUUCCAGGGAUGGAGGAACUGGAGCCAACCAGGGAUGUCGAUCAGGAAGCGAGCAAGCCGCCGGAUAAGGUGUUGAGAAGACUCGCACAGAACAGAGAAGCUGCCAGGAAGAGCCGCCUCCGGAAAAAGGCUUACAUCCAGCAGCUAGAGACGAGCCGGAUAAAGCUGGCGCAGCUAGAGCAAGAGCUGCAGCGAACGAGACAGCAGCAGGGCCUGUAUCCUCCGGGUCACUCGGGCAUGGCGGGGUUCGGCGGCGUCGGCGGGGUGCCCAUGGAUUCCGGCGUGGCGGCGUUCGAGAUCGAGUACGGGCACUGGGUGGACGAGCAGAACCGGCACACGCGGGAGCUCCGCGGCGCGCUGCAGCCCGGGCAGCAGACCACGGAGCUGGAGCUCCGGAUGCUGGUGGAGACCGGGCUCGGCAACUACGACCACCUCUUCCGGAUCAAGAACCUCGCCGCCUCCGCCGACGUCUUCUGCGUCAUGUACGGCUUGUGGCGCUCCCCCGCCGAGCGCUUCUUCCUCUGGAUCGGCGGGUUCCGCCCCUCCGAGGUCCUCAAGGUUCUGAGGCCGCAGCUGGAGCCGCUGACGGACCAGCAGCUGGAGCAGGUGUACCACCUGCAGCAGUCGUCGACGCAGGCGGAGGACGCGCUGUCGCAGGGCAUGGAGAGGCUGCAGCAGACGCUGGCGGACGCGCUCACGGCCGCCGCAGACCCCUUCGCCUCCCCCGACGGCUACUCCGGGAUGAACGACGCCAUCGGCAAGCUCAAAGGCCUCGUCUGCUUCCUUCACCAGGCGGACCAUCUCCGGCUGGAGACGUUGCAGCAGAUGCAGAAGAUCUUGACGACGCGGCAGGCGGCCAGGGGACUCCUCGCGCUCGGGGACUACUUCGAGCGCCUCCGCGCGCUGAGCUCGCUCUGGGCUGCUCGCCCGCGCGAGUCGGCGAUAAGCUGAACCUUCUGCUCGUGGAACCAAAAAAAAUGGUUGCAGGAUCAGUUCCUCUCGUAGUAUGAUCAGUUGUGUAGUUCCCGGGUCAAGGGCCGCCGCCAGUGAAGGAUGAAGAAAUCCAAUCACGCUAGCUGCUGGGUUCCGGGAGAAUUAUCUGAGUUUAUGACGCCGUACGCGCUUGCAUUGUCUGCCAGAUGAAGGAGUAGUUCCAGAUUCCGAAGAGUAAGUAAAAGGAGAGUGUAAAGGUCGAUCAGAUUGGGCAGGUCGAUCUCACGAUCGAGAGAAUGUGUAAAUACAUGUUUUGUGGUGUCACAUGCCUGAUCGAGACCUCUAUCUGCUGCCGUACAGAUUUUAUUUUGCGGUGAUGGUGACCAUCGAUGAUCUUGUUGAAGUAGCCGUGUAAUUGCACAAAGGGGUACGCACUAGUUUACGCGCUAUGUAUAUAUACGUGUAUGAUGUAAUUCUUAUUUUUAUUUUGAAGUGAAGGUGUGCGAUGUGUAGUAAAUGUAAUUAUUCCUAUAGCUGAUAUGUUCUUCAUCGCUUGCUUAGUACUACAA